AUGACGAUACGUGGAGGCCACAAAAUGUGGCUUCUCCUUUCUGUCGUCAUUGGUAUGGUGGAGUCUGCCACUGUGAAGGUGAUGAUGCUUCAUAACUCUUUUCAGGCAAACGCAGGUUGGAAGGAAGGUUUCUACGACUUCUUCGUUCCCUAUGUGAACAUCCAGGGCUUUACCAUAGCAGGGGGAACCGAGAAGUAUACAUUGGACGUGUCGCUCUGCGAGGAGGACCUUUCGACGGCAGAUGCCUCAACCAAGGUCACUGCAUGUGUAAACCAGGCUGAAGCACAGGGCGUGGAUGCAAUCGUCGUGGGAACCUCGAGUUACAACGACGACGUCAAAACCGCCGCAGAGGCCUACGGCAUCCCGAACCUGCACUGCUCAGGUGGGAACCCCAUGUCCUGGACGGCAGCGACACCGCACGCUUUCGGCCUGCACUUGCCGUUUCCUUGGUACUCCAGGGGCCCGAUCCGCCAGGCUGCGCUCUUGGAGCUGAAAACCGUUGUCGUGAUCCGCAACUACGACUGGGGCUUUCCCCGCAUCUCUGCCGUAGCUGCAAUGGAGUGGAGCCUUGAAAGCUCCAUGCAGAUCAUUGGGCCCACAUUGGCUUGGUGCCAGAGGUGGGCCAACAAGACAACAACCUGUGGCAUCCAGAACGGCAGCUGCCGAUGUGGAACACAAUCGGAGUUCGACAACAUGGGCUACAAGUACAACGUUGCAGACAUGCCAAGCUUCUAUGAGGUGUCCGAGGCCCUGGUUGUAGAGCCAGGUUUUGACACACGGGGGCCUGGAAUUUCUCCUGCUUUGGUCGAGUUCGUGGAGGGGAUCAUUCAGGAUGUUCGCUCUCAAGGAGGGGAUCCUGACAUGGUCGUCAACUGGCUGGCCGCAGCACGAAGUGGCUUGAUGGCCAUGAUGAAUCAGAAGUUCGGCUACCGAAUGUACUUCGGAGGGCCGAACUAUCCAGGCACUGCAUGGAACGGUUAUGAGACCUACUGGGCAAAUGGCUCUGUGGCUCUUGGACAGGACCAGGCCUUGUACAAUAUCGGGGGAGGUCAGUGGCACCACGAAAUGGGCUUUUCCGACCCCAUCUUCGGAAGCAGCGCGCAGAUGAAAGCCGUGUUCAUCCAGCAAUUUGGUAAGAAUCCCGGCUACGAUGCGGCGGCUUGUAUGGCCGCUGGUAUCUCCAUCACCUUCGGCCUGCAGAAGUACGGCCAAGCUCUGGAUGGCCUGACUUUGGCCCAGCGUCGGGAGGAAAUUCGCAUGUCGGUGGGCACGCUGAAUGACGAGACCCUUUACGGAAUGAUCAGAUUCAAUCGCUUCAACCAGAACAACGGCCGCAUGAGCGUGAACUGGCAGAUUCUCGAGGAUGGUGACACCAGGCCUGUGCUCCCGCCAGAGGCAGCGGCCACACCCUUCCGCUUCCCGAGCCCCAGCUGGGAAGCACGCUUGGGCUGCCCAGUCGGCACUUAUGCCGGCGGGACCGCCACCCUCGAUGUCCCCACGCAGUGCAUAUUGUGCCCUGAGGGAAGGUUCCGUGAUUCCAUGAGCCAGGGACUGAACUUCUCGGAGUGUCAACAAUGCCCGGAAGGCGUCGGGACUUUGCCGGGUGUCACAGGGUCCACCGAGUGCAGCUCCUGCCCGGCGGGGCGCUAUCAGAACGGCGAGUCUGAUCGUGGUGUUUGCAACCAAUGCCCUUUGGGUACGGCAAGAGCCGGUACCAGCACAGGAGGUUGCAGUUUGUGCGACUCAGAGACCUAUGCCGACGAACGAGGCCUUGACGAGUGCAAGCCUUGCCCCGCUCGAAGUUCUCAGUCCGAUGUCGGGCAGACAUUUUGUCUUUGUGAUGUGGGUUCUUACAAGGACCCUGAAGAUGCAACGCCCAUAGGCACCGUUCAAAGCUGUUUGGCAUGCGAGCUGAUCCUUCCGGGCAGCACAACGCUGUAUCCCAGUUCGAAGUACAGUCACGAGUGUGUCUGUCCUGCUGGCACUUUCUGGCACCGAACUUCGGCAACAACGAACGUGGCGGAGUGCAAGGAAUGUGGCACAGGCCUAAACUGCAAGGGAGGUCGUGUGACGUCCAGUGGUGGGCGUCGACUGAAUGCAACGAUUCCACCCCAUCAACCUCCUCUACAGUCUGCGGGCUACUCUGCUGGAGCCCAGCCUUACGAAGGUGGUGAUCCCGCUUAUAUCGUCGAGUGCAGCAGCUCAGUCCGGUGUCCUGGGGACCUGCCACUUGGCGAAUGUCCCGGCAACAACCGAGGCAAGGGUUGCCUCACCUGCCUUCCGAACAAUUACGACGAUGGCUCCACCUGCUUGACGUGUGAGGGUGGCACAUUCACUAUUUGGCCUCUCUUUGUGGCACUCAUUGCUGCCGUGGUCCUUGUUUUGGUUCUCUACAAGUUUGCCACGAAGGUCGAUAAACCUCACAGAGACUCCUUGAUGACGGUGACCAUUGGUGCUGGGCUGGCUAUCGCGACAGUGCAAACGCUGUCGGCAUUUUCCAAGGUCGAAGUACAGUGGGUCGAACCGUUGAAGACGCUUCGGGGCUUCUUGUCCUUCUUGACCUUUGACAUCGGCAUUCUUCGUCCUGGCUGCUGGUUCGGGAAUGUUGAUCCGCUGCAGAAUUACAUUGGGUCCUUGAUCAUGUACCCAAUGGGUGCCGGUGCCGUCAUGCUGGUCUUUGCAAUUGCAAAGUAUGUGCUUAAAAAGGAGAUCACUCUCAACCAGGUAAUCAAUGCACAGGGCUUGAUCGUCUCUGCAGUCUUCAUUGCUUUGACGUUCUUGGCCGUGAAGCCUUUUCAAUGCGUCGGGAACCCCGAUGGCACGUCUUCCCUCGCAGCCUUCCGCGAUGUGAUUUGUUGGGAGAAUGCCGACCACUUCGCCAUGGUCGGCCUCUCCUUGCUGCCUUUCUUUGGUGGUGUUGUGACCUUCAUGGGCCUUGUCAUUUGGGCUGUCAUUCAGUAUCCCAUGAAGGUGGCGAAGCCUGGAGGAGUAAACUUCGUGAAGCGAUGGAAUUUCAUGUUUGCCCGCUUCAGCCCGACGGCCUAUUACUUCGCCUUCGUGCUGAAUAUGCGCAACCUCUUGAUCGGCCUCAUCCCGGUGCUCUUAGUGGAGUUUGCGGAGCUGCAGUUCAUUUUCCUUACGAUCACUGUGUCUGUGUACACAGUUCUGCAGGCCCGCAUCUGGCCAUGGCGCACCUCGAUGUCGAAUUACAUGGACUCAUGCCUGGCACUUUUCCUGAUCACUGUGAUCGUGGUGGGCAGCAUGCUGCUGGAUUUCGAUGUCCAAAGAGGAACUGUGUUCAUUCAGAUCAUUUUGAUGAUUGGGACAGUCUUGGCCUUUAUCGGCUUGGUAUUUUUGUUUGGCAUGGCGACCUACAGGGCCUACCGCCCCUCACGGACUUAUGGCAUAUUCCUCAGCCAUCACAAGCUCGGCGCCGCUGUUUUGUCUCGGUGGUGGAAGAUGAUGCUCUCUGAGCAUAUCAAAGACAAGGUGUUUUUGGAUUCCGACGACGUCAACAAGCUAGAUGCCAUUAUCGACGUGACGGCAUGGGACUCGCAGAAUGUCGUGGUGCUUAUGACUCAGGAGACGUUGAAGAGGAUGUGGUGUGCUGCAGAAAUCGCCAGUGCGUGGGCUGCAAACACGAAUAUUGUUCUGGUGAGUUGCGACGGAAAUGGCUUUUCUGAUGAACUGAUCCAGUCCCUCCCAUCUCUCUGGACAGAAGAGCAGCAGGCUACGCUGGCAAAUGCUGGUGUCACGAUGAAAAUGAUCGUCGAUUCUUACGAGGGCCUCAAAGUGCGAACGCCGAUCGGGCUAAAUCGCAAGGGUGCCAAAUCCGACGAGCACGAGCAUGCGGUGCAGCUGGCGGUCUCUCAAUGCAAAGGCCUGAGCAAGCGAAUGUUCGGCAAGAUCGCCCGGAGCAGCUCGACCCCUCAGGCGGAGGACGCUUCGUCGGGAAUGGUGAUGCUUGGGGACUUGACAACGCCUGAAUCGGGGAGCUGCUGCAAGGUGAUCCAGUCCAUGCUCCAGUCCAAGCUACAGGAGUCCGUGGCUGUGCUCGAUCCAGAGAUAGAGGUUUCGAACUUGGACGCGCUGUCCGAGAAGUAUGCGAAUGCGAAGGUGAUCCUGGUCAUUCUCACUCAGGGAUUGCUUCAAGAUGCACUUUUCGCCGGUGCUUUAGCCACCUGCCCUGUGGAAGUGCGGGGGAACUUGGUUCCUAUCAAGGCAGACGAAAAUUUCAUUUACCCGGAUCCGGUGUUCUGGGAGAAACUUGCUGCGGGACAGAUUUUCUCAGCCACCCAGCUGGCCACCUACAACACCGACUUCGAAGGGGUCAGAGCAGCUUAUGCACGGCUCUUCAAUGUCUUGGCGCUCAAGUUUACCUCGCAUGGAAGCGAAAGCAUUCAGUCCACUGAAAUUCAAGUGAUGAACGGGCGCUUGGCCCCAAUGUUGGCAGCGGACAAGAUUGCUUUGAAGCCGGCGGCUCCAAACAAACAGGCCUCAACGUUGGAGGCAGUAGCUCCAGCGAGCGACAAGGGCAAAGUCAUUGAUGUCCCGCCGAAAGAGGAGAUCUUGGAGGAGGACUCGAAAUUUGAGAGAGAUCUCGCAUGCCUGAAUGGCACCGGUCGCACUCGGGUGCGACCUCGAGAUUGGCCCUGGGAAGGCGGGCAGUUCGAGGUCGUUGUGCUAUCUCUACCUGACUCUACCUCUCGAUGCCACUUCCGCAUUCCUAUAGCCUCCGAGAGCCACUGGCUUGAGCGUAUCAAGGAGUUGGACUUCGACCUUGGCCUGCGGCCUCAGGUCUUCUGUGGAGCUGCCGCCUCCCAGACGGAUACCAGCAGGUGCCCGGCACCCACCAACUCGACAGGGGAUCUAUUGCGCUGCCUGGACUGGCGCCAGAGAACGGAAGCAACGGACUUUGAAGAAGUGUCACACACCCCCACAGAGGCGGCUGACGACGCAGCUGUGCAGUAUUUCAAGGAGAUAUCGAGCAAUCGCAAGAGGGGAUGGCUGAAGUUCGACCUCCAGGUGACCCUCUUCACAGACGAGAUGCUUGGUGUGCUGAAAAGUUGGACGGAAGAUAGGACCGCCAUGCCGCAAGUCUAUGUCCUGGGAGACUUUGAGCUUGCAUGCAAGUACAUGGAGGAGUCUGUAGGCUUUCGGUACUCCAUGGAGCAUUGGGUCCAUCAAGUCAUCUCGUCCAAUGCUGCUAUGAUGGUCACGGAUGUACAGGACGCCGACUUUGUCUUUCUUCCCCACUGUGCCACAGGCGUCUUCAUGCACAUGGUCGUGGAAGAUGAUUUGCGACGACAGCGACAGGCGCCGAACUCCUCGAGGCAAGUUGCUGAAACUUAUCUCGGUUAUGAAGGCAGCCUCCCCGCCUCCACAGUUCUGAGGCUGGACACUUCGUACUUCAUGCACAAGGUGCAGAAGAUAUGGCAGCAAGCGCCAGAAUAUUGGCACUGCUGGAAACGUGCUAGUUGCAAGUUCCUCAUUGCGAGCAUUUACGGGCGUCACGUGUGGCGAAGACUUGCCGCCCACUUUGGAGAUAAGACAGUUUUCAUCACCCACGGCGGGAUGUCACCGUGGCUCCGAGAGCAACCCGACAGUUACUUCCUCAAAAUUCCAGGGGACGCGACUCCUUGGCUGCCUUCCGAUGGCAACACCUGUCGAGCUUCCUGCGCACUGCACUGCCAGAUGGAGCCCCCUGCGAUCCUGCCUCAGGACAUCGUUCUUCCGUGGGUCAUUGCAUUUGAGUGGACCCAGCGGGCUGGGAUGUAUCGCAAUCGAGAUAUUUUGGCCUUUUACAGCGGUACACGAAAUUCUUGUUCUCGGCACAUCCUCCACGAGGUCUUCGGCGAGCAGUUUGAGUCGGAGAUGAACUUCGAAGAGAACGUUCGGCGCGAGCGCAGCGCCAAGACCGAUGUGUUGAAGGACAGAGUCCUCAUUUUUCCACCCACUUUCAGACUACGCCAGCAGGACUGGUCGGAGCUUGCAUUCAGAUCGAAGUUGUGCAUCUGUCCCGACGGUGACUCGCCUAAUACGGGCCGUCUCAUCGAGGUCAUCAUGCACGGCUGCGUUCCGCUGAUUAUUUCCAAUCGCUUGCAGCCCCCUUUCCACCAGUUGUUUGACUGGUCGAAAGUCGCCUUCUUUAUGCGUGAAGACGCGCUUCCACACCUGCCACGCAUCCUCGAGCAGUUUAAAGGCCCAGAGGGUGAUCGUCGAAUCCGGCAGAAGCGUCAUAGACUGGGAGAGAUGUCCCAUCUUCUUGACUACUCACGAGACGGAGUUGCAUCGACUUUGCUUCUGACCCUGCGGGAACAAGCUUUUGACCUGAGAGAGGCCUCUUAG